CUGCAUCAUAAUGGUAGCAAAUCGUCUGCGAAUGUAUCCCCAACCUACCUAGGUACCUACGGUAGGUAUCCUUCACCUACGAAGCAGAAACACCGCGCUUUCCAAUAGCGGUGAGAAUCGCACCUUCCAUCUCAGCUCAUGGUUCGUUCUCAGAACCUUGAAACUUUCCAGUUCUUUGCCAUGUAGGGCUUCCAUGCAUCAAUCUCAGAUUCCCGCACAAAACAAAAGGAUUGUUAGAUAAAUAUCCUAACUGUUGAUACCCCCGCCACUGUACUUCAUCGUUCUCCUCCUAACCAACUAUCUCAACCACCCAACAAACAGCCAAUCUCUCUCUCUGAGUCGGCUUAGGUUUCUCAAAUCUUCGAAUUUAAAUAGUUUGUUACACUCAGUUACCAUCCUCGACCAAAUUGGAAACCAAUCAAAAACAACACGAUGCUCCGGCGCCUGUUCCCCAAGUUGGGAAAAUCUUCCCCGAGCCCUCUACUCACAACCGAGGAGAUUGAAAUGCGAGCGGCGCAUACCAUGCCGAGCACUGCGAAUCAAAGUCAAGUCCCGCACAAUGACCGUCCAAACUGGUUCAAGCGAAAGAGAAAUCACAUCUCACAUCUCACCCGACGCAUGGACGAUGGUGUGAGCAAGUCAUUCGUUGGCCAGUUGUUUCGACUCAAAGGAAGCGGUCAUCCCAAGGAAAUUGAGGAUGCAUACUUUUUGACCGAAGUCCGCGCAGGCAUUACGACUUUCACAACCAUGGCAUAUGUCAUUGCCGUAAAUGCAUUCAUCCUCGCCGAGUCGGGUUACGAUUGCCACUGUGAAAAGCCAUUCGAUCUGAAAGGCAACUGCGCCAACAUGUCGGAAUGGACCAAAUGUUAUAACGAUGUCAAACUCGACCUGAUCACUGCCACCAUUGCCGUAACCGGUUUCUCCAGCAUCCUCUUCGGCAUCUUCACAAACCUCCCCGUUGCCCUUGGCCCUGGCAUGGGUCUCAAUGCUUACUUUACCUACCAGGUUGUGGGUGUCAAGGGUAUGGGCUCGGUAAACUAUCGGGUGGCUCUCACUGCUGUCUUUAUCGAGGGCUGGAUCUUUGUGUUUCUGGCCCUGACAGGUUUGCGGCAUUGGUUGGUCAAAAUCAUACCCGGAACCAUCAAGACCGCCAGCGGCGUAGGAAUCGGCUUGUUCUUGACCCUCGUCGGCAUGUCGUACACCUCUGGUCUCGGCAUGGUCACGGGGGGCAUUAGCACACCGCUCAUGAUGGCUGGCUGCCCUCUUGAGGAUCUCAACGAGAUUGGAGAGUGCACUACGGGAGUCAUGACAAACCCAAAAAUGUGGGUCGGCAUCAUUUGCGGCGGUUUGCUCACCACCUUUUUGAUGGCAUUUCGCGUCAAGGGAGCCAUUAUCAUUGGCAUCGCCUUUGUCUCCAUUCUCUCAUGGCCGCGCAACACACCCUUGACACAUUUCCCGAACACCCCUGACGGCGACCAUCGGUUCAACUACUUCUCCAAGAUUGUCAACUUCCACCCGAUUCGCCACACGCUGUUCCAGCAGCAGUGGGAUCUGACGGGGGAGUCAGGGUCACAUUUUGCGAUCGCCCUGUUUACAUUUCUCUAUGUGGAUAUCAUUGACUGCACUGCGACGGUGUACUCGAUGGCGCGGUUCUGCAGCAGAGCUCGGAGGGACAAGGCGGACUUCCCCCGGUCGACCAUGGCAUUUUGUGUCGAUGCCUUCUGCAUUUCCAUGGGCUCGCUGCUUGGGCUAUCCCCAGUCACUGCUUUCAUUGAAAGCAGCGCUGGAAUUGCCGAGGGAGGUCGGACUGGUCUAACCUCCGUUUUCACUGGCAUCUGUUUCCUUCUCUCGCUGUUCUUUGCCCCGGUGUUUGCCUCCAUCCCCCCCUGGGCGAGUGGAAGCACGCUGAUCUUAGUUGGUUGCAUGAUGAUCCGCCAAGUCACCAAGAUCAACUGGGCAUACGUUGGCGACGCCAUUCCAUCCUUCAUUACCCUGGCCUUCAUCCCGUUCAGCUUCAGUGUUGCCUAUGGGCUGCUUUCGGGGCUCUUCGCGUACAUUGUCAUAAAUGGCGCAAUCUACAUUGUCGUCAAGGUUUCCGGGGAGACCAUCACCCCAGAGAACUACGAGCUGAAAGAAUACUGGUCUUGGCGGCCUCCCGGAGAGAAGCCGUGGAUUGCCAGGGCCUUUAUCCAAUGCAUCUAUUGGGCUAGGGACAGGAAGGACAGAGCCGCCUCGUUCUCCCUCAACUCCUGCGAUGAUGCCAUGAGCACCGAGCAGUAUAGGUCCGAUACCGCGUCAAAGUCCGACCAUAUGCCGAGAAUCCCGACGCCUGACCCGAUGCGUCGGAUGUAUUGACCCUGAGGGCCGAGGGGCUCCUGUGUGAAGGGGGAAGAAUUGAACUCGCA